CAGUACAUCAUAGAUAUGUCUAUGUCCAUGCACUGUCCUCCCCUUGCGAACUUCACAUCACAAGUGACUGUUUGGAUGCUGUAGAUGAAGUGGGAGGGAAACCCUGCUCUUGGAGCGCUGCAGGCUGAUGAUGCGAAAGCUCACAGAGCCACAAGUAGUUGCUGGCUUAACCUUAAACCGAGAGGCAUACCCAAUGAGCGCACUCGAGCACCUCCCCAAAAUCUUCUGAUUACAAGCGCUAGAUGUUUACACAUGACGUGCGCGCAUAAAGACGACAGAUGAGCAGUGCCGCUUCAGUAUACAGGUACAAGAAAGGGAUGGAUCACAGACCGGCGGAUUUCACACUUUGUGGACGCGCAAAGAAAACAUUUUAGUGCAACCGCAUCCUGGAAUAUUGUUGCAUCCACAUCUCAUUCUUUCUCAGUUUGCGCUUUAUAAAUCAUAUUUCUCGCGCACAAACAUGUUUUUGUUGCUAAGAUCAGUUCUUCUUGUUAACGUGUUCUAUGCUCAAUUGGAAAUUGUGAAUUCAAUGCAGAGUCAGUUUUGCGUGCCGGUCAGACUGGAUCAUGUCAAGAACAGUUUAGUCGGCGCUGAAGACAACACGUUGGCGCAAAAAGUUGUAUUCAAAAUAAGUGCAUUUGAACAAGAUUUUGUACUCGAAUUGCAGUCGGACUCCAGCUUCAUUGCUCCAGGUUUCUCGACGCGCGCCGACUCAACUGCUCAAAAUUCCGCGCACAGCGAAGAUCUGAGCCGGUGUUUUUAUGCCGGUGAGGUGAAUUCUGACCCAUAUUCCUAUGCAGCGCUCAGCUUGUGCAAGGGGCUGCAGGGCGCAUUCGGUUACGAUGGCUGGGAAUAUUUCAUCAAUCCGGCUAUUAACGACACCGACCGUGACAAUAUGGAUGCGCAUGUCAUCAGACGCAGAUCUAACGCCAAUAUGAGUGGAAACUCCACGUCAAGGUGCGGCGUGGACAGCGAUGUGACCCACACCGUUGCACAGUCUUUGGCGAAGUUCAAGCACAUGAAGGAACACAUGAGUAACCUCACUAUGUCAGUUCUGAAAAACCGCUCGAAAAGAUUCGUCUCCAUUCCGCGUUAUGUAGAGACAUUAGUGGUGGCCGAUGAAUCUAUGGCCAAAUUCCACGGUGAUGACCUCAAGCAUUACGUGCUGACCUUAAUGUCCGUGGCGGCUAAGCUUUACAAACACCCCACCAUUCUAAACUCUAUCAACAUCGUGGUUGUCAAGUUUAUGGUGAUUAACGAGGAAGAGAAAGGACCCAAGGUUUCCGGGAACGCGGCGAUGACCCUGCGUAAUUUCUGCACCUGGCAGAAGAAGCUGAACAAAAACAAUGACAAGCAUGAGGAGUAUUGGGAUACGGCAAUCCUAUUCACAAAACAGGACCUGUGCGGAGCCUCAACGUGUGACACACUGGGUAUGGCAGAUGUUGGAACCAUGUGUGAUCCCAAGAGAAGUUGUUCUGUGAUUGAAGAUGAUGGGUUGCCAUCUGCCUUCACUACUGCCCAUGAGCUUGGACAUGUAUUCAAUAUGCCACAUGAUAAUGUUAAGGCAUGUGAGGAGGUGUUUGGCAAGCUGGAGGACAAUCACAUGAUGUCUCCCACUCUAAUCCGAAUUAACCGCACCAGUCCUUGGUCCCCAUGCAGUGCUGCCAUUAUCACUGAUUACCUGGACAGUGGACAUGGUGACUGUCUGCUGGAUCAACCUCAGAAACCAUUAGUUCUUCCAGACGUGCUCCCUGGUGCAUCAUAUGGUUUAGAGCGGCAGUGUGAGCUUGCCUUCGGUGCCAGCUCAAAGCCAUGCCCAUUCAUGCAGGCACCAUGUCAGCGAUUAUGGUGCACAGGGAAGACCCGUGGGCAACUGGUCUGCCAGACAAGACACUUUCCGUGGGCAGAUGGAACCAGCUGCGGGGACGGACAGCUCUGCAUGCGGGGCACAUGCGUGGACAAACAGGAGAUCACCAAAACUAAGGUGGAUGGCAGAUGGGGUAAAUGGGGGCCAUUUGGUACCUGCUCCAGAACUUGUGGAGGUGGUGUGCAGCUGUCUAAGAGAGAGUGUGACAACCCUGUGCCACUCAAUGGAGGCAAAUACUGUCAGGGAGUGAGGGUCAAAUACCGGUCCUGCAACCUUUCCCCAUGCACUGACACAGGCAAGAGCUAUCGUGAGGAGCAGUGUGAAGCUUACAAUGGGUUAAGUCUGAACACUAACCGGCUCACCCCUUCUGUGGUGUGGGUGCCCAAAUAUUCUGGUGUUUCGGCCAAAGAUAUGUGCAAGCUGAUCUGCAGAGCAAAUGGAACAGGAUACUUCUACGUUCUUGCACCAAAGGUUGUUGAUGGUACACCAUGUUCUCCUGACUCCUCAUCAGUCUGUGUCCAAGGAAAAUGCAUUAAGGCAGGCUGUGAUGGGAAACUGGGAUCAAACAAGAAGUUUGACAAAUGUGGUGUCUGUGGAGGAGAUAACAAGAACUGCAAGAAGGUCUCAGGCCUUUUCACCAAGCCCAUGCAUGGUUACAAUUUUGUGGUCAUGCUUCCUGUGGGAGCCUCCAACGUGGACAUCAGGCAGCGUGGCUACAAGGGCAUCAUGAGUGAUGACAACUAUCUUGCUGUCAAGAACAGCCAGGGCAAGUACAUGCUGAAUGGAAACUAUGUGGUUUCAGCCAUGGAGAAGGAUAUUCUGGUGAAAGGGAGUCUGCUCCGCUACAGUGGAACGGUUGGGUCCUCAGAGACUCUACAGGCUGUGAAGCCUCUGGGUGAAGCCCUGAUAAUUGAAGUGCUUUCUGUGGGCCAGAUGACACCACCACGUAUCCGCUAUUCUUUCUACUUGCCACGGGAGAGCAAAGAUAACAAGGUGCAAAAGAAAGAAGAAAAGGCACAUGCUGAAAACAGUGUUCUUAGGGAAGAGGGCGGAAUCAGUAAAGGUGGAAAGGGGGUAGAUCUUCUCAAGGACAAAAUACCUAUGUAUGUCAAAGAUAUCGCACCAAAACCAGAGAAGUGGGUGGCGGCAGGGUGGGAUGUUUGCUCGGUUACUUGCGGUAAUGGACUCCAGAGGAGGAUGGUUCAAUGUCUUGGGGGAGAUGGUGGGGCUGGGGUGGACUGUGACCCUACCCAAAAGCCCAGUGCCAUUCGGGCAUGUGGAGACCCUUGCCCCAUGUGGGAGGUGGGCGACUGGUCCCCCUGCUCCAAGACCUGUGGGAAGGGCUUCAAACGGCGCCUGCUUCACUGCGUUACAAAUGCGGGAAAGUUUCUUCCCAGGGAGAAGUGUGCAGACAAGAAGAAGCCACAGGAGCUGGACUUCUGUUCAUUAACCCCUUGUAAAUAAUCCAUACCUCCCUUUAUUAUUGCUCUCCAUGGACCUUCUAUUUUGUCGAAAUGCAUAUUCAACAGAGAAAAGAACAAAGAAAAAAGACUAUAUGUUCUGGUUCAUAGUUUAUAUUUUCUCAUCUGCCUGACAACAGAACAAAAAUGAACAGCUGUGGGGGACAAAAUGACAAAAAAAAAAUGAUAAAAGGGACAACUGAGGUCAUGAGAUAAACAGGCUUGAACAAAAAUGCAAAUAGUACUCUACCUCCAAUAGUAACACAAUUAUUAAAUUAUCCAUCACCUGUAAAUCAUCCAGAUGAGACCAGAUUCAUAAUCAUGAAUGGAAUUAUAGCCUGAUGUCAUUAAAAUUCAUAGGUAUUUGUAUGUAACAUCUACACAUAUAUUUUUGUAUGUUUAAAUAAAUGCCAUAAAGACAUAUUGACAGCAUCUAAAACAUAAGCAUUAACUAUGAAUUUAAAACAAAAAUCUGUAUGAAUUCUUUAUUUUUUGUAUAUUUGUAUAGUUACAUUUCACUAUUAUACCCUAACCCCACCUCUAUCCUAAAGCUAACCACUUCUUAACAAAAUUUAAAAAAGGCAGAUAAAUGUAAAUAAUUUCAAAUUAGGUUUGAGCUUUAAAAUCUGAUGACAUUGAACAUACUCAUUGCAUUACAAUUAAAUUGCAAUUAAAAGCGCAUCAAAAUGGGAGUGUUCGAAAUUAAAUGCAGUACAAUGAACAUAUUCUAUCAGUUCAAUAUUCCAUGAACCUAAAUUUUAACCAUUGUAUGAAUUUUAAACAUUGUAUGUCUAAAUCAUUCAUAUGCAAAAAGCUUACAUUUGAGAUGCUGUUAAUAUGUCUGUAAUGUAUGUGUCUAUGCAAACGUGUGAAAAUUAAUAGUAUACACUUAUAAAUGAAUACCUGUGAUUACUAAUGAGAUGACAUUGGGCAUUACCAUGCGAGGCCAAAACAACAGUGUAAUUAUUAAGCCUGAACUGCACAAAUACAUUGCUUUUAACUGAAUGGAUGAUUUUUUUUUUUUUUUCUGCAGACAACAGUGUAUACAUCUCUAUUUGUGUGAGCUAAUUGAUGUUUGAAAUGGCCAUUAAUGAAUGCCUACAAUGGAGGCCAAACCAAGCACUGAUAUAGUCCAUCUAGGCUAACAGAAACAUUCCACAGGGUAUAUAAUAAACUAGCUCAAAAAUGCCCUUGUACUGCAUGGAACUAGCUGCAAUCUACCAUUUGAUCUACCCCUAUUUUCCUGGGGAGCAAGUAGUUAUUAACCAAAAAUUAAGAUCAACAUCCAAGAAUGAGACUGGAGUAUUUGUAAAAGAGGUUAAUAUUUGCAAAAAAGUUUACUGGUUCACUAGUUUUUCACUUUUUCACAUUGCUUAAGGACUGAGAGGAAGCACAGGCAGCACAUCCUGUCAGCACAUCCUUUGUAUCAACAAACAGGCCUAAAUAUUAUCAUUUUUUCACAACUAGAGCAAGAAAGCCGGUUAUCCCAAUGCUUUACGUCAUACAAAUAAAUGUCAUCUGUGUUGUAAUGUAACUGGAAAUCUUCUAACUACUUUCCACAUGGGUUUUCAUGCAAUCCAGUGAUCCACCUUUACUACUGCAAGAUGACGUGCAGUAACUGCAGUAAAAGGUCCAUUUUGACAAAGUACAGAUCAUGGAAAUGUUUAAGUCUUUGCCGAUGUAUUAGCCCCCUUAAAACAAAAACAGCAAUGAGAAAGCCUUAUGUACACAAGACCUGUGUUUUAUCAGUGCAUUGUGUUAGCAUGUUAGUGGUCUGGCUCUUUUUGUAUGUCCAUUCAUCUCCUUUAAGUCGCUGUUAUUUAGUUCAGCAGACCUGCAUUUUUUCUGGCCGCAUAUUUCCUGCUGUCAGCCAUGUUCUGUACUGCCAAACACAUUGUCUUCUUGUCCAGCUUUCAACCAGAACAUUUUUUUUGUUUGUUUGUAAUGCUGUUUAUCUCCCCUCCUCUACCUACCACUGAGCCAGAGGUGCAGCUGCUAUAAUCAUGCCCUGUCUGGUACAGUUGCCAUUUUAACUAAGUUAUUACUAUUAUAAUGAAUAUUAAGAACUGGUGGCACAAGGUUGUACAGUGUCGUGCCCUGUGGUUCAGUGGCAAGUCAUUAAUUGUACACAGUGAAAAUCCCUGUAAUACGCCAACACAUUACGUUUGUGAUCAAGGUUCAUCAGAGUGACCAUAUCGUCCAUCUAAAAGAUGGUUUCUGUAUUACUUUAAUGCAUAUUUUUCUUUUGCGCAUUCAUACAGCAAAAGAUUUCAAUGUCCUGCAUGGGCUUGUAUACCAUGUAUACAUCCAUCUGGCUGUGCACAAACAAGUCAUGUAAAUACCUAUUAUGUCUUGUUAUACAUAUUUUUUUCUCUUCAUGCUUCAAGGUAUUUAUUCCAAAUAAAACAUUUAGAAAUA